AUGGGGGACCUUCAGCACUUUGAGCAGGACUUCUACCAGACAGGAUAUUACAUAGAUGACCAGGGUAACACCGUGGCCUACUACGAUAACUAUGAUCCCACAAAGCCUGCUUAUUAUGACACUGGAGCAGAGGCCUUUGAGUCAGGUGCUCUGGAUCCUUCCAUUGAGCAACAGUACACUGGACAGUUCUACCAACCUGCAAUGCUCUCUCAGACUGUUGGAAGCACAGGAAACGAUUAUCCUGAAGAAGAACCUACCCUUCUUGAGGAGCUCGGCAUCAAUUUUGAUCACAUCUGGCAGAAGACACUGACCGUGUUGAACCCUCUUAAGCCUGCAGAUGGCAGCAUUAUGAACGAGACUGAUCUGACCGGCCCCAUCCUCUUCUGCGUUGCACUGGGGGUCACUUUAAUGAUGGCAGGUAAAUCCCACUUUGGUUAUGUGUAUGGGGUCAGUGCCACAGCCUGUAUUGGGAUGUACAUUCUGCUGAGUCUGAUGAGUUCUCUGGCAGUGUCUUAUGGCUGUGUGGCCAGUGUCCUGGGCUACUGCCUCCUGCCCAUGGUGGCCCUCUCUACAUUGGCUGUCUUCUACUCUUUACAAGGCGUCCUUGGUACGGUUCUGGCCGUGUUAGGAAUUUGUUGGUGUAGUCUCUCAGCCUCCAAGAUCUUCAUUUCCACUCUGGCUAUGGAGGGCCAACAGCUGCUGGUCGCUUACCCAUGUGCCCUGCUCUAUGGGCUCUUUGCAUUAGUCACUGUAUUCUAA